CAAAUGCCACAUUGAAAAACACUCCAUUUUCCUCUAUGUUCCAUUGACACGCAGAGCAACACCACCGACAACCUUUUCCUACAUUAACACAUACCUGACACUUGGCGUGUCCUUUUCUCACUGCACAAUAAAUAAUUAAUAAUAAAUAAUAAAUAGAUAUUACAUUUGCUGCUAAGCUCCACUCUUCACUCUACUUCUCUCCCUUUUGAUUCCCUUCCCUCUCUCCAAGUUUUACCACCUGUUUCUGCGAUGGCAUUUCAACACAAGUAACACGUAAAAGCACUGCAGAUUGCUUUGCAUUGUGUUUGUUAACAAGGCAACCCCAUUUUUUGUUGCCAUUUUGGUUCACAAAAAGUCUCUUCCUUUCCUUCUGGGUUUGCUUCCUUCUCUCUGUUCUGGCAAUAAAGAAAAAAUGAGAGCGACACAGAUUGUGUUGGUUCUGUUUUGGUUCCUCUGCAUUCACACUCCCACGUUAUUUUGCGCCAAUGUGGAGUAUGAUCACAGAGCAUUGGUCAUCGAUGGCAAGCGCAGGGUCUUGAUCUCUGGUUCCAUUCAUUACCCUCGUAGUACUCCAGAGAUGUGGCCAGACCUUAUUCAGAAAUCCAAAGAUGGAGGAUUAGAUGUGAUUGAAACUUAUGUUUUCUGGAACUUGCACGAACCAGUUCGAGGCCAGUAUGAUUUUGAUGGGAGGAAGGAUUUGGUGAAAUUUGUGAAGACAGUGGCUGCGGCGGGUUUAUAUGUGCAUCUUCGGAUUGGACCAUACGUGUGUGCUGAAUGGAACUAUGGUGGUUUCCCUCUUUGGCUGCACUUCAUUCCGGGAAUUAAGUUCCGAACUGACAAUGAACCCUUCAAGGCAGAAAUGAAGCGGUUCACUGCCAAAAUUGUGGAUAUGAUCAAGCAAGAGAAACUAUAUGCCUCACAGGGAGGACCUGUUAUUUUAUCUCAGAUUGAAAAUGAGUAUGGAAACAUUGAUUCGGCUUAUGGUGCUGCGGCUAAAUCCUACAUCAAGUGGGCAGCAACUAUGGCUACAUCUCUUGAUACAGGGGUUCCCUGGGUCAUGUGUCAGCAAUCUGAUGCUCCUGAUCCAAUUAUUAAUACAUGCAAUGGAUUUUACUGCGAUCAAUUUACACCAAACUCCAACACAAAACCAAAAAUGUGGACUGAGAAUUGGAGUGGAUGGUUUCUUUCAUUUGGUGGUGCUGUUCCUUACAGACCUGUGGAAGAUCUUGCAUUUGCUGUGGCACGCUUUUUCCAGCGAGGAGGAACAUUUCAAAAUUAUUAUAUGUACCAUGGAGGCACUAACUUUGACCGAACUUCUGGUGGACCUUUCAUUGCUACAAGUUAUGAUUAUGAUGCACCAAUUGAUGAGUAUGGGCUUAUUAGACAGCCUAAGUGGGGCCACCUUAAAGAAGUUCAUAAAGCCAUAAAGCUUUGUGAGGAAGCAUUGAUAGCUACUGAUCCAACAAUUACAUCCCUUGGUCCAAACCUAGAGGCUGCAGUUUACAAGACAGGAUCUGUAUGUGCGGCCUUCCUUGCUAAUGUAGGCACCACUUCUGAUGUAACAGUAAAUUUCAGUGGCAAUUCAUAUCACUUGCCUGCAUGGUCUGUGAGCAUCUUACCAGACUGCAAGAAUGUAGUGCUUAAUACUGCAAAGAUUAAUUCUGCAUCUGCAAUUUCAAGCUUCAUAGCUGAAUCUUCAAAAGAAGAUAUUGGUUCUUUAGAAGCUUCUAGUACAGGAUGGAGUUGGAUAAGUGAACCAGUGGGCAUUUCGAAGGACAAUUCAUUCUCACAAACUGGAUUACUGGAGCAAAUAAAUACAACAGCUGAUAAAAGUGAUUACUUGUGGUACUCAAUAAGCCUUGAUUAUAAGGGUGAUGCCAGUUCUCAAACUGUCCUUCAUAUUGAAUCACUUGGUCAUGCCCUUCAUGCUUUCAUCAACGGGAAGCUCGCAGGUAGUCAAGCAGGCAACAGUGGCAAAUCUAAGUUUACUGUGGACAUCCCUGUCACACUAGUGGCUGGAAAGAACACAAUUGAUCUAUUGAGUUUAACCGUGGGCCUUCAGAACUAUGGAGCAUUUUUUGACACAUGGGGUGCUGGGAUCACUGGUCCAGUGAUAUUGAAAGGUUCGACAAAUGGCAACACUAUUGAUCUCUCCUCCCAGAAGUGGACAUAUCAGGUUGGCCUCAAAGGUGAAGACUUAGGUCUGUCUAGUGGUAGUUCUGUACAAUGGUCACAAUCACCCUUCCCUAAGAAUCAACCAUUGACUUGGUACAAGACAAACUUUGCUGCUCCAUCCGGCAAUAAUCCAGUUGCAAUUGACUUCACUGGAAUGGGAAAAGGUGAGGCUUGGGUGAACGGGCAAAGCAUUGGGCGAUACUGGCCUACAUAUGUCUCUCCAAAUGCUGGUUGCACAGACUCAUGCAAUUAUAGAGGACCUUAUAGUGCAUCCAAAUGUCGCAAGAAUUGUGGAAAACCAUCACAGGCACUAUACCAUGUACCGCGAUCUUGGUUGAAACCAAGUGGCAACACUCUUGUAUUGUUUGAGGAAAGUGGAGGUGAUCCAACACAAAUAUCUUUUGUCACAAAACAGACAGAAAGCUUGUGUGCACAUGUAUCAGAUUCUCAUCCACCACCUGUAGACUUGUGGAACUCAGAUACAGAAUCAGGAAGAAAAGUAGGUCCUGUACUAUCACUCACUUGCCCUCAUCAUAGCCAGGUCAUCUCUUCCAUUAAAUUUGCAAGCUAUGGAACACCCCUUGGGACCUGCGGAAACUUCCACCAUGGACGCUGUAGCAGCAACAAGGCUCUGUCUAUCGUGCAGAAGGCAUGCAUUGGAUCUAGCAGUUGUAGUGUUGGAAUCUCAAUUGACACAUUUGGAGACCCUUGUAGAGGCGUGGCUAAGAGUUUAGCUGUUGAAGCUGCUUGUGCAUAGAGACAUGUUGCAACAAGAACACUUCCGAAUUGUCUUUUAGACUCUUGGCUGAAGAUGCUUCCUAUUAAGCCAAGGUAGAUUUGUAUUUUAGGUACAUCCAAGAAAAAAUAGUCAACUAAAACAGUGUAGUCGCACAUGCAAUAAAAGAGAAAAGUCUCUUAGCUGAUGCAAGAUAUGUGAUAAAUGGUAUUUUUAUUUUUGUUUCUACCAAAAUAGAUGGCUGGUUUCCCAACUUGCUGGACAAUUUGUUCUCAUGAUUGGUGAUACUGUAAGGAAACUAGACAGUAAGAAGUUGGAAAUUAAGAGUAAGGAUUUUUCCGCACGAGAAAUGUUGGAUGGACAUAAUUUUACUGUAUUGGAAAAGAAUGUAUGGAGCAUUUGAUUUUGCAA